AUGUCACUUUCAGUCCACACCUCUGGGAUGUCCAGGAGGUCAUCCUCACAGAACGGGGCAGCAGGCCGACCUUGGGGUGCAUCCGCUUCUAGUGUUGCCAGCGGCUAUGGAGGAACGGCCUCUGGCUUUGGCGUUGGCUAUGGGGGGCUCUUUUCUGCUGUUUCCAUGUUUGGUUGUAGCUCUGGCCUUAGCGGUGGCUCCACAGGUUCCUUGGCAGGGUUUGGCACUGCCUACGGGGGACCUCUGGGAGGUGGCCUGGGAGGGCUGGGGAUGGGGACAGGGGGAAGCUCAGGCGGUGGCUCUCUGUAUAUUGUCUCUGGCAAUGAUGGAGGGCUUCUUUCCGGUUCUGAAAAAGAAACCAUGCAGAACCUGAAUGACAGAUUAGCUUCCUACCUGGGUAAGGUCCGUGCUCUGGAGGAGGCGAAUGAAGAACUGGAAAGCAAAAUUCGAGAGUGGUAUGAAACCCAAAGGACCGGAGACUCCAGGUCCCGGAGAGAUUACAGCAAAUAUUACCCACUGAUUGAGGACCUCAAGAAUAAGAUCAUCUCUGCCAGUGUGGGAAAUGCUCAGAUCCUCUUGCAGAUCGACAAUGCAAGGCUGGCUGCCGAGGACUUCAGGAUGAAGUAUGAGAACGAGCUGGCCCUGCGCCAGACCGUCGAGGCUGACAUCAAUGGGCUGCGCAGGGUGCUGGACGAGCUGACCCUGGCCAGAGCCGACCUGGAGGCGCAGACUGAGAACCUGACUGAGGAGCUGGCCUUCAUGAAGAAGAACCACGAGGAGGAACUCCAAAGUUUCCAGGCAGGUGGUCCAGGUGAGGUCAAUGUAGAAAUGGACGCUGCACCUGGAGUGGACCUCACCAAGAUCCUCAACGAAAUGAGGGCCCAGUACGAAGCCAUGGCUGACCAAAACCGAAAAGACGCAGAGGCCUGGUUCCUUGAAAAGAGCGGAGAGCUCAGAAAAGAGAUCAGCAGCAACACCGAGCAGCUUCAGUCCAGCAAGAGCGAGGUCACCGACCUGAAGCGCUUGGCGCAGAACCUGGAGAUUGAACUCCAGUCCCAGCUUGCCAUGAAGUCAUCCCUGGAAGGCUCACUGGCUGAAACCGAGGGUGGUUACUGCUGCCAGCUGUCUCAGGUGCAACAGCUUAUAGGCAGCCUGGAAGAGCAACUCCAACAGGUGCGGGCCGACGCUGAGCGCCAGAACGCGGACCACCAGCGUCUGCUGGGCGUCAAGGCCCGCCUUGAGAUGGAGAUUGAGACCUACCGCCGGCUGCUGGACGGGGAUACCCAAGGCCACGGUUUUGAUGAAAGCUCAUCCCUUGGUGUCUCCAAACCUCAGACACCAUCAGUCGAUUCCUCUAAAGACCCAAAUAAAACUCGGAAGAUCAAGACAGUUGUGCAGGAGAUAGUGAACGGCGAAGUGGUCUCAUCCCAAGUUCAGGAACUUGAGGAAGCAAUGUAAGACCUCACACUGGUUCCUUCAGAAUGCAAC